GUGCUUUUAGAACCGUGAGAAAGCGUGUUUUCCGCUAUUUGCGCACCUUGUGCUCAUUAUAUCGCGGCUGAUUGAUGCGCAGUGUUGAGUGGCAUGAUCUCUCGCAUCCACAGCCCCCUCCUCCUCCUCCUCCUCCUCACAUCAUGCUCAGGCGAGGGCUCGGCUACAGACCGACGGGCUACGCGACCCCCCUCCCCCCUUCCAUCAUUUUCCCAUCUCUUACUCACUCUCUUCCCUACAACAAACAUGGCCGCGAAAUCUGAUGGUGCACCCGUCUCUGUAAGAAACGAGAACCCAGCGGAGUGCCCUCCUAGGUCGGAUGUGCGGCCUCUCCCGCAGCGCCCAGCAGAACAGCGCUACUCUCUAGCGGACUUCUGCUGGACCCUGUGCGCCCUUUUAGUCUUCUUCUCGGACGGGGCCUCAGACCUGUGGCUGGCCGCGGACUACUACCUUCGGAGGGACUACUGGUUCUUCGCACUGACUCUGGUCUUUGUCAUUGUGCCGUCCCUCGUUGUGCAGGUCCUCAGCUUUCGAUGGUUCGCCUACGAUUUCGUGGAGAGCGUGGAGAGCGGCACGGCCGCUGCAGCCGUGGUUGCAGCAUCGGGAACGGAGGAGAGCGACCCCAGCCCCAAGGACAGCGGCGAGCGGGGCGCUGGCCGCACCGCUGCCGCCACAGGACUGCUGCCCGGGCCGAGCACCGGGGGAGGAGCCCCGAGCUGCUGCAGUGUGUGCAUGUGGCUGUUCCAGGGCAUCAUCCACGUCUUUCAGCUGGCGCAGGUCUGGAGGUAUGUCCAUGCCCUGUACCUGGGGGUGCAGAGCCGCUGGCACACAGACCCAGAGCGCAGACACUAUUUCUGGAGGAUGAUGUUCGAGAGUGCAGACAUCAGCAUGCUGCGUCUGCUCGAGUCCUUCCUCAAGAGCGCCCCCCAGCUGGUAUUGCAGCUCAGCAUCAUGAUCUAUGCCAACGAGGUGCUGCCCCUCCAAGGUCUGUCUGCCUCUGCCUCGCUCAUCUCCCUCUCUUGGAUGAUCGCAUCGUACCAGAAAGUCCUCCGUGACAGUCGCGAUGACAAACUCUCCAUGUCCUACAAGUCUGUGCUGGUACAGAUUCUAUGGCACCUUUUCACCAUCGGGGCGCGCACUCUCGCCUUCGCCCUCUUUGCCUCUGUAUUCCAGCUUUACUUCGGCAUCUUCAUUGUCGCACACUGGUGCAUCAUGACAUUCUGGAUCAUUCAAGGUGAAACUGACUUCUGUAUGUCCAAAUGGGAGGAGAUCAUCUACAACAUGAUGGUGGGAAUUGUCUAUAUCUUCUGCUGGUUUAGUGUGAGAGAGGGGCGCACUCGAUGUCGCCUGCUUAUCUACAGUUUAACUGUCUUUAUAGAAAACGUGGCCCUUACUACGGCUUGGUACUUGCAUCGUGGUUCGAGAAUGUCCGACUUCUACGCCGUCGUUUUGGUGUGCGUGGUUGCUAGUAGUUAUGCCCUAGGCACGUUUUUCAUGUUUGUCUAUUACUGUCUGCUGCACCCCGAUGGACCUGUCUCAGGGUGGACUUAUAUUGUAGAAAAGGAGGAUGUUCCUGUGGAGAUUUUGGCUUCUCCCGCCUCCAGCCAUCCCCCGGACGUUGUAAGCAGCCCACCCAGGACCCUGCAGCGGACUAAAGCCACGGAGCAGGGCUGUGGAGUAGAUGGAGAUGUGUUUCAAGUCAGGGCUCUCCGUGGAGCACUGAUACCUCCACAACAACAAUUAUCUCCAAGGACAGAAGGCCCAGUUAUUCGGAUAGACUUACCCAGAAAAAAGUACCCGGCCUGGGAUGCACACUACAUUGAUCGGAGGCUGCGUAAAACCAUCUUGGUGCUUGAAAGUGCUGCUCCAGUCACGCCCAGAAUACAGUACCGCUGCCUGGGUACGCCAAAAGAAGUGAUGGAGUAUGAGACAACAGUGUGAAAGCUGAAGACUUAUGUUACAGGCUUAUGUGUAAAAUGCCCUGCCCCACAAUGGCAGGAGGAGGACUCUGCUCCGGGUGCACGGCGUCUGAACCGGGCCAAUCCGAACCACAGACGAACAGUGGCCCGAUGGAGCAGGAAAAGUGUCUUUAUUUGUGAUGUUGGUGGAAACUGCAUUUUUUGGUUUCUGUUUAAUUUCUCAGGUCAAGUGUUGUUUAAUAGGUUGCGUUCAUGACCAGAAUUUGAUGUCAUAAUUUCAGAUGAAUUGCAGGGAUUGUACUAAACUCA